AUGGAGGACAAAGAAUACGUGUAUCUUGCUGAACUAAUUGUAAAGAAGGAAGACAUCGAUCCUGAUCUUUUUCGUAUAGAGGAGGGAGAGGUUAACAUGCAUUCUAAUACAGCAAGUGGAUUCGGGUAUGUUAGGUCAACCAAUGAGUACAAGGUUGUUAGAAUCCAUUACCUCGAGUAUAAGGAAGGCAAUGUCGAAGUAUACGCACUUGGCAGUGGUUGUGGGUGGAGAGGGAUAGGUAAAAUUUCCUAUCGACUGAAUACGAUGAGGAAAGGUACGGGUAUGUAUGCAAAUGAUGCCAUUUAUUGGACUGCGUACAACAAAGUUGUGGCCUUUGACUUAGCUAAGGAGGAGUUUCGGUUGCUAUCUGUCACACCUUGUAUGCAAAACCGUCAGAGGGGAGAUAUGUGUGGUCUUGCAGCACUUGGGAGGCAUUUGUGUCUUCAUAUGGAUAAAUUACGUUUGGAAAUCUGGUUCUUUAGCGACUUGGAGGAGACCUGGCGCAUGGAGUACAUAGAUUACGAAGCCGUAGUAAUGGGUUCUCGUAAAAGGAACUUUCAGCCUAUUUUAUUUACAAAGAAUGGAGAAAUUAUAUUUUUAUAUGCUGAAUCUAUGCUAUAUUGUUAUGACAUGAGAUCAACAUCUUUGAGGAUGAUUUCCAACGAAGCAUCAACCGAUUAUUUCAGACAUAUUGAAGUAAUUGCUCACGUAAAUACCCUUGCAUCAUUGGAAGCUUUGGGAGAAAAUUCAAAGAGGUACAAGGCUCGUCCACACAGGGUUCGCACCCCAUGGGAUGAUGUUAUUGAUGAGUUGGACCUAGUUGCUCUGGAUGAGGAAAUUGAUACAACACGUUUCAGACUCAGGUGA